AUGAAGUACGUGGCUCACACGGCCCACUGGCAGUUCCUCGGCCUCAUCUUUGGGGUUCUGGCCUGGAUCCUCACCGUCGCCACCACCGGCCUCAACGAGUGGCGUCUGUGGUUCGUGUCUGACGUGUCCGUGGUCACCUCGGGUGUGGCCUGGGUGGGCAUCUGGAGAGCCUGUUUCUACAGCCACGCCCUCCCCAUCAUCGAGAACUGUCGGAGCAUCAGCAUCUCGGACAGCUUCGCCCCGACAGAGAUCCCCGUCGCCCAGGUGCUGAUGGUUUCGGCGCUGGUCUGCGGUCUGCUGGGGAACCUGAGCGCGGCAGCAGCCAUGAGGACGGUGUACUUCUCGAUGAAGGAUCGCAGAAAUGUUGGGACGCUCUUCAGGCUGGCGGGGGGGCUGUACCUGCUGACCGGGGCCUGCAGCUUGGUGCCGCUGCUGUGGAACAUGUACUCGGUUCUGAGCAACAGAACCAUCCACUUCCCUCCGGACUUUCUCCUCCCUGCAGCGCCGGCUCGGCAGCAGCUCGGCGCCGCCAUCAUCGUGGGUCUUUUCGCCUCCGCCCUGAUGCUCGUCAGCGGGGUGCUGUUCCUCUGCUACAGAUACGCCUGGGAGGCACUGGGAGACUUCAGGGAGCCAGAAACAAGACCAGAACAGAAGUCUGGACUACCCAACGGAGACCAGCGGGGCCAAGAUAAUCCAGCAUUUCUCAGAGAAGACAACUCAUGAGUGGAAACAACUCAUCAAAAACUCUUCACUAACUUAAAUUCAUGGAUCUUCAUCUUUUCCAUCAGGGCGAAAUAGUCCUGGACAGAAGAAACGUUUUUAAAUGACUCACUGCAUCUCUUAUUGACCUGAAGAAGUACAGUUUUAGAAAAUAAUCAAGGAAAACAUCUGAAAUGUAAUUGGUGUAGUGGUCAGGUGUAGAUGGUAAGACUCUAUGAA